AUGUGCGCGAAAUGGAUGGAACCUGGUGGGCAGCUUAUUUAUAGCUCAAUAGAUGUUAUGAAUAAAUUUGCUGCAUAUGUUAAAGAAGAAAUUACAGUUAUUGCUGAAAAGGAAAGAUCAGUUGGUGUUUUGAAUGAACAAUUAACAGAUAAUUUCUUCGAGAUUUCCAAACCUCAAUUUGAAAAAGCCAAAGAAGUACUAAAUCUAUUCAUUGCAUCUUUAUCUCAAGUUGAAUAUGCAAGGAAAGUGAUGUAUUCGAGGGAUCAUCAACUUGCUUCAAUGGCUUUUACGUCUUCAUUAGAGCUAGCUAAAACUUGUAUGGAAUUACUCAAAAAGCGCGAACAAGCAAUACGUCAAUACAAUCAAACAAAAGCUCAAGCAUCCAAAACAGCAGCACAAAUAACUUCUGCAACAACAAAUUGCCAAACAGCAAAUACACAAGCUAUUCAAGCAGCAGCUAUAUAUGCAAAUCAGCUUCAUCGUGAUUUAAUCACAAUUCUUUCUUCUUAUGCUCACGCCCAGAUGGAACUUUAUGCAAGAAGCCUUGAGGCAUGGGCCAAAUUUAUCGAUAAAGUUGAUGAAAUACAGCUUGAUGAUGAUACAAAUACAAUUAUUAAUAGACUCAAAGAAUCAUCUGAUAUUUACACCCAAGCUGGUCAGUAA